AAACUUCCCGGACGUUUUUUUUUUAUUUCGGAUUUUUUUCUCUCCUUAACAUCAAUUUUGUUUUAUAUUUACAAUAUGGAGACUCUGGAAAAAGGUGGCACGCAAAUGGAAUCUAACGAAGCAGGUGACAAGCAAGGUAAUAUAAGACACAGACUGAGGGACAGAGACCUGCUGAGAAAAAGGAAGGCAGAGGCUGAAGAAAAAGCAACUUACCAGUGGGUUCAUGGGGUGCAAAGCAAGCGGCCGAGAGUUGCACGCGACAAGAGCGGCCAGGGCAAAAUAGGCCGGCCGAGAAAGGCUGACCCCAAGGCCGAGCAUGAGCCAGCCCAGGAUGAUGUUCACCCAGAGCCCACGAGUGUGGAAGAACUGCCCCCUCCGCAGGCAGCCAGUGUGCCAGAACCAACCUACCAGGAACCUCCUCCACCUCUCACAUUCUCCCUGAUGCCCCUUUCGUUUGCCCCUGUUCUCAUUCACCCUGAGGUAGAGAUAGUUCCUGUCCUUUCUGAAGUGGAAAAGCAAGACACAGAGCCCAAGACCAGCCAGCUGGUGGAGCAGGUGCUGAUAGAGGACCUGGGGCCUGAUGAAGAGGAGGACAUACCCCAGCCUAAGGAGCUCCUGCUUCCUGAUCUGGGCACAAAUGAAGACCUGUCGGACAACAAGGCAGACAAUAACCAGGCAUCUCCCACACUGAAGUUUAUCCUUCCCACCAUGGAGGAGAACCUCCCAAGCAGUGUAUCCUGAAGAACCACAGGUCUCGUCAGACCUUCUCAGCAACAACGUGCCCAAAGGAGUAUUUGAUUGAGAGCUUUGUAAUGUUAAGCCUUUGUAUUCAGAGUAUAUAGAUUAUCAUAAAAAGAUCUUAAUAAUUUCGUUUCACAAUAAAUGUUACAAUUCUAAAAAGUGAAGUUUAUAUUUAUUUUUGGGUAAAGUUGUUUUUAAAGCAUAACAUAUGAAAAACAUGCUAUCAUUUUAGUUAAAAAAAGACAAAAUGCAUGUAUUAGUGUUUCAUCGCAUUUUAAAAAAAUACCAAUUGUGCCAGUUUUGUACAAGAAGGAAUGGUUUAUUAAAUAAAGAAAAAUUCUAACUAUCCAAUGGACUUUAACAUUACCGAGACUGCAGAAAAUCCUUUACUUGCUCACCACUUCCCUCUACUGUCCAUUUAACAUACUACGACAUUUUAUCAUUUGCUAUUUAAAAACGUUAUCAAACUUUUUAAAUUAACAUAUCAUUACAAUGGUCUCUCAAAAUUCAAAGCGUGUAGUUUUACACGUUAAAUAUUCUCAGCAAAGAAAGGGUAAUUUUUUAUACGUUUCCGGUGUAUUAGGGCAAAGUACUAGUUGUGCAAGGUAUCUGUACCACAUGUUGAACGUUACAAGAAAAACCCAACGACUAAAAUACAUACUAUCGAUGUACCGAAAGCUCUAGAAUACAGCAUUACGUGCGCACAUUUCAAUCUGCGAUUUAAAAAUUCAGAUUAAAUUAACAAACUAUCUUUUAUAUACGUUCGGGCACGUAGUACGUGCACAUCCGGGUUUUCAAAGUACGGUUUCAAACAGCCAAUGGCGUCUCAGAUAGUUCACGCGGUUUGAUGUCACGUAUUAAUUCCGCGACAGAUAUUCUUUCUAAUAGCACAACGGCGUGUUUAGUGAGUUUUCUGCACGGUGGCAAGGCUGAAUAUAUGAGAUUGUGGUUUAUUGUACGUGUUCAAGGCAUAAUUAAAUAAUUUUGUAAUAUUGAUAUUGUCAGAAAAGCUUUGUUUUCAAGGCAAAAUGUCUAGUCUGUGCAGCUGUAACCAACGUACGAUAAAACUCAAUCAGCAAAUCUCGGUGAUGAGGAAGGAAAUAAAAAACCUGAGGCAAAAGAUGGAUACUGCUAUUCUCGUUCACAAGAAACAUUUAACAACUCUGCAAUCUGCUUUGGCCGCGUACGACCAGAAGGGGGCGAAAAUGAAUAUGAAAAGCUCGCAGAAGCAGAAUGAGGUCAAAGGACUUUCCCUAGAGCAAGGAAACAUCCAGACUGUUCCAAUUGCGUUCAUCCAGUCCUGCUUCUUGGCCAAAAACGGCACCCCGCGACAGCCGACGGUGUGCGGCCCAUCUCGAGCGACCCUGCAGAUACGGCGGACUGUGUUCAGCAACCCUGAGCAUGCACUGACCGGCCUGGAGCAAUACUCACAUGUGUGGAUCAUCUUCCUUUUCCAUAAAAACGGACACCUGAGCCAUAAGGGCAAGGUGAAGCCCCCCAGGAUGGACGGCCAGAAGGUGGGGCUGUACUCCUCUCGCAGUCCUCAUAGGCCCAACGCGCUGGGGCUGACUCUCGCCAAGCUGGACAAGGUCGCAGGUGAUACACUUCAUCUUUCUGGGAUUGACAUGAUUGAUGGCACUCCUGUUCUGGAUAUCAAGCCCUAUAUCCCAGAUUAUGACUGUCCACUGAGCAGACGAGAUUGGCAUACAGGAGAGUGUGGUACUGAUGACCGGCCAGGAGGGACUGUGCCAUCUUCCGAUGAACAGAGAGACGCGGCCAUCAAGCAGGCUAAGGACAACUGUGGAGAUAUGGAGCAGGAGCUGCGGAUUGACUCUGAUCAAAACGCAGCCCCUUCAGAUGAUGAUUCCUGGGCUGGGAAAGGUGAUGAUCAAAAUGUCCAGAGAGCAUCUGCUGAUGGUUGCUUUGUAGAGGGGGGGGACCUGACUUCGAUGCUGCAGGUGGUUAAGAGCUAUGUCAGUCAGAAAGACUCCAUCCAGGAUUCUGUGGAAGACGGCGACCUGGUGCCAGGCUGCUCAAAAGUCGAGCCUUGUGAGGAUGAGAAGUACAGUGCCAAGGUGUGUUUCAGCAAGGACUCCUAUAGCACCAUAGCUUCCUGGAUCAGGGAACCCCCAGUGAACAGUCUGGUGGUUCGCUUUACACCGUAUGCUGAGGCAGACCUGCGGGCAUUUCAACCCCCCGGCCAAUCAGUUUGUGGGAAACCCAGUUUCCGGUUCCUUUCGGGUCCGGAGGAGGCGAUGGCCGCUAUCCGGGGGGUGCUCUCUGCCGACCCGCGCUCCGUGUACCGUCGUACCUGCUGCCAGGACAAGCUCUUCUACUUUUCCCUGGACACGGCCCACAUCACCUGCUGGUUCGGCCCGGAUUUCGCUGAGGUGCUCAGGGUCCAGCCAACAGAACCAGCUUAGAACCCUGAUACGGCUCUGGGCUGCAUGUACUUAAUUUAAGCAUAGAGGCUUUUGUAAGUUUAUUAUUUAAAAUAAAUAUCUUCCCAAAUAUACAAAUUGUGGUAAAUAAGACGUUGUGACAAAUUGUCUAAUCCUGAUUUGCAUUGCUAAAACUGACUUAGGUAUAUGACAGUUUUUACUUGUGGUUGAAAUACUAUAGAAAAAAUUAUGUUUAAAAACGCUAAAACAUGAAAGAAGAUAAAUUAUAUAUUAUCGCAACAAAUAAAGUCCCAUUUGUAUGUGCUUAUUUCAUCCAGAUAUUGGGGGGGGGGGGCUCUGAGGUUUCAAUUUAACCCCCCAUUAAAUAUUUGAACAUUUGUGGUUGCUCUGUUGGAGUGCCUGUUGAUGCCUGGUUUUAAAUAACAAAAUAAGAUCCGUCUCGGCAUGCUCCCAUGUUUAGCUUCCUGAAUGCUGUUAUUAAAGGUCAUGGUGUUUAAA